CACAGGUGUAUUGGCUCCUCCCCUUCAGUCUUGCACAGGUGUAACGGCUCCUCCCCUUCAGUCUUGCACAGGUGUAUUGGCUCAUCCCCUUCAGUCUUGCACAGGUGUACCGGCUCCUCCCCUUCAGGCUUGCACAGGUGUACCGGCUCCUCCCCUUCAGGCUUGCACAGGUGUAUCGGCUCCUCCCCUUCAGGCUUGCACAGGUGUACCGGCUCCUCCCCUUCAGGCUUGCACAGGUGUAUCGGCUCCUCCCCUUCAGGCUUGCACAGGUGUACCGGCUCCUCUCCUUCAGUCUUGCACAGGUGUACCGGCUCCUCCCCUUCAGUCUUGCACAGGUGUACCGGCUCCUCCCCUCCAGUCUUGCACAGGUGUACCGGCUCCUCCCCUUCAGUCUUGCACAGGUGUACUGGCUCCUCCCCUUCAGGCUUGCACAGGUGUACCGGCUCCUCCCCUUCAGUCUUGCACAGGUGUACCGGCUCCUCCCCUUCAGUCUUGCACAGGUGUACCGGAUCCUCCCCUCCAGUCUUGCACAGGUGUACCGGCUCCUCCCCUUCAGUCUUGCACAGGUGUACCGGCUCCUCCCCUUCAGUCUUGCACAGGUGUAUUGGCUCCUCCCCUUCAGUCUUGCACAGGUGUACCGGCUCCUCCCCUCCAGUC